GAGAAGUUUUUCCUGUGUGAUGUCAUUUUGCUGCCCUUUAUAAGCCUCUGCAAAGAAGAAGGUAAGCUAUCCGAGAAUUCUCACUGCAGACACAUGCAAACAAGGGAAAGCAAGAAGCACAGAGGAGUAUCAAGUUUCAGAUACCAACCAGCCACUACGAGCAGAGAGCCAUGCCACAGACUAGUCCCUACAGCUGCCUGGAGCACAUACUGCUUGUACUCUGUAGCCUGAAGGCUACAGUCGCCUUUCCCAACUCCUCUCCACUGCUGAAUCCCAGCUGGGGGAAUGGAGAUCGCCUGAUGCACCUGUAUACAUCUUCAGAGAGGAACAGCUUCCAUCUCCAAAUCAAUGCUGAUGGCUACAUUGAUGGUGUUCCUCAUCAAACCAUAUACAGUGCCUUAAUGAUCAAGUCUGAGGGUGCUGGCUGUGUAAUAAUCACAGGUGUGAAGAGUGGACGCUACCUAUGCAUGGACAUGAAAGGAAACAUCUUUGGAUCGCAUUACUUCAGUCAAGAGGACUGUGUUUUCAACCACAGGACACUGGAAAAUGGAUAUGAUGUGUACCAAUCUCCCAAGCACAACUUUCUGGUUAGCUUAGGCAGAGUUAAACAAGCUUUCUUCCCUGGUAUGAAUCCACCACCGUAUUCCCAGUUUUUGUCCAGGAGAAAUGAAAUUCCUUUGUUUCGGUUCAACACACCUGAGCCCCACAGAAACACUAGGAGUGCAGAUAUUGAUCCAAUGGAUCCUCACCAGAUCCUGGUCCCACAGAGAAAAGCCUCCGCAUUAGGAUCUCACCUGCAGCUACAAACAGACUUUUCCCACAUGCCCAGGGAACCCAUGAGAAUCAAUCAGAAUGAUGUGGUCAACCCAGAUGACCCACACGCCAUGAUGGAUGCCAGGAGGUACGCAAGUCCUCGCUUUUAUAUUACAAGAUAAGCAGGGCCACCUGCAAAUUGAUGACAUGUGUGAGUGAAUAUAAUAGACAAAAGGAGGUGCCUAGCACAGUCAAUUUCUAACUCUUAGGAUGGCUAUUAGAAAACUGAAAGAUACUGGGAAAAAUCAUUUAUUUCAAAUUUUGUCCUUACAGUUUACUGAAAAAAAAGAAA